UCAGCUGCCAUUGAAUUGCCAAAUAUUCCUAAAAAGUACCGACGUUUUAGGUUAUAAUAAACUUGUCGGGUAUUAAAUUGAGGUCUUUCAAGUCAUGACUGAAGUGGACAAGUUGUCCCCAGGACCCAGGGAUGGGGUAAAUUACCCUCUACAUAUUUCGUACUGUGGAAAUUGCACCAUGCCCAUUGAGUACUGCGAAUAUUAUCCAGAAUACGAGAAAUGCAAAACGUGGCUGGAGAAGAAUUUGCCUUCAGAAUUUGAGAAGGUAAAGAUUGGUGAUGAUGGAGCGGAUGGUGCUGGAGAGGAAGAGAAGAAGAGGCAGAAGAGAGGAGGCAAAGGAAUGAUCAAGGCCAAGAAAAAGGAAGAUGGUCCAAAACAAGUGUGUGUUUCUAGGGCUCCAAGAGGAAAGAAGAAGUCUGUCACUGUUGUUACCGGUUUAAGCACCUUUGAUAUUGAUCUUAAAGUAGCUGCUAAAUUCUUUGGUCAAAAGUUUGCCUGUGGUUCAUCUGUUACAGGGGAUGAUGAAAUUGUAAUUCAAGGUGAUGUCAAAGAUGAUUUGUUUGAUAUUAUUCCAGAGAAAUGGCCUGAGAUUGAUGAAGACUUUAUUGAGGAUUUGGGUGAUCAAAAACGAUAAUUUAUAAAUACCUAUAUUUAUGUAUAUUAUUAUUAUAUAAAAUACAAAUUAAUAAAUAAAU